UCCUAAGUGAGAUGAGACGAGAGAGAGAGAGAGAGAAGACCUGUGUAAGCCCCUGACUGACUCAUUUACCCAUGGGAGUUUGAAGUGACAGAAUAAAUCUACAGAGACGAGGCUCAGGAUAACAUUUCAGAGAGCUGAGAGCGGACAGACACAUACACACAAACAGAGCUACAGCUGAGUGAGACUGCAGAGAGACAGACAGAUAUACAGCUCAUUGUCAUGUUGGUGGUGUUACUGAUCCUGCAUGCCGUCUCGUGUGCCCAUUCUCACGGGUCGCCGGUUGCCGCCGUGCCUGGUAAGCAGUGCCCGUCUGCGUGCCAGUGUGAGGAGGAUGGCAUCCUACUGCUCGUGGACUGCUCUGAACAAGGACUAUCCAGUGUGCCAACCGACCUAAGUCCUUUGACGUCUUACCUGGAUCUCAGUAUGAACAACAUCAGCGAGAUUCAGCCCAAUGCUUUCCACAACCUGCACUUCCUCAGUGAACUGAGACUCUCGGGCAACCACCUGAGACACAUCCCUGGCCCUGUGCUCCAAGGCCUCUACAACCUCAAAGUCCUGAUGUUGCAGAAUAACCAGUUAGAGAGAUUGCCCAGUGAAGACCCUUGGGAAUUACCCAAUUUGCUUUCUCUGCGUCUGGAUGCCAACCUGAUUAUGGAGGUGCCAGCAAGGACUCUCUCGGGUAUGCGGUCCCUGCGGCACUUGUGGCUUGAUGACAAUGCCCUGACAGAGAUCCCAGUAAGCGCCCUCAACGACCUCUCUUCGCUUCAGGCUAUGACCCUUGCCCUAAACCGCAUCACCCACAUCCCAGACUAUGCCUUCAAGAACCUUUCCAACCUGGUUGUGCUACAUCUUCAUAACAACAUGAUCCGGACCCUCGGACAGAACUGCUUUGAGGGUCUGCACAGCCUCGAGACUCUGGAAUUGAACUUCAAUGAGCUUCAAGAGUUCCCCGUGGCCAUUCGCACACUCGCCAAGCUUCAGGAACUGGGUUUCCACAACAACAACAUUAAGGCCAUUCCCGAGAGAGCGUUUGUGGGGAACCCACUUCUGCAGACCAUUCAUUUCUACGAGAAUCCCAUUCAGUUUGUUGGCAGAUCAGCAUUUCAGUUCUUGCCAAAGUUACACACGCUCUCUUUGAACGGGGCCACUGAGAUCCGAGAGUUUCCCGAUUUGAAAGGAACCAGCAGCCUGCAAGUUCUUACGUUGACCCGAGCUGGACUGACCGGCCUGCCAUACGAUCUCUGCCACCUGCUGCCUAAAUUAAGAGUGCUGGAGCUGUCGCACAAUGCCAUCGAAGAGCUGCCGAGUUUCUACCACUGUGCCUCUCUUCAGGAGAUAGGCCUGCAGCACAAUCUGAUCAAACAGAUUGAGAUGAACACAUUCCAACAGCUCAGCUCUCUGCGUACACUGGAUCUAAGCUGGAACAGGAUCAACACCGUCCACCCUGAUGCCUUUUCCUCUCUUCAGUCGCUUAUUAAACUAGAUCUCACUGGGAACCGAUUGAGCAGUCUCCCGCUCACUGGGCUAACAAGUCUCACUCAUCUUAAACUGAAAGGAAACAAGGCACUCUCGCGUUCCUUCAGAGAAGAGGACUUCCCCAACAUAAGGGUCAUUGAGAUGCCCUAUGCCUAUCAGUGCUGUGUUUUUGGAGCCUGCAACAGCUACAAAACAGCCAGCCAGUGGGAAGAACAGAUGGGCAGUGAAGAGGAAGAUCUCCAGAAGAAAGCUCUGUCCCUGUUCCCCAUUCACUCCGACAACAACUAUGACCUUGACUUAGAGGAAUUCCAGUUAGCUAUUGAAGAGUCCAAAGUACAAACCAGCAUACAGUGUACCCCCAUCCCAGGUCCAUUUAAACCAUGUGAUAACCUGUUUGACAGUUGGGUGGUACGGCUUGGCAUGUGGCUCAUCUCUUUGGUCUCGCUGAUGGGAAACAGCCUUCUCCUCAUCACAGUCUUUGCAUCCCCCAGCUAUCUCUCCCCUGUUAAGUUCAUCAUCGGCACCAUCAGUGGCGCCAACCUGCUUACGGGCCUGUGUACCGGCACCCUGGCACUGGUUGACGCCCGGACAUUUGGAGAGUUCGCCUUGCAUGGCGCUCAAUGGGAAAUGGGUGCAGGAUGCCAAACAACAGGGUUUCUUUCAGUUCUAGCCUCAGAGGGCUCCAUACUCUUCCUGACCUUGGCUGCAGUCCAGUGCAGCGUGUCCGUGUCGUGCGCUCGAGCCUACGGAAAGUCACCCUCUCUGGGAAGUGUGAGAGCUGCCGCAGUGGCGUGCUUGGCACUUUCGCUGGCAGUCGCCACUUUGCCGCUAAUUGGGGUCGGGGAGUACGGGGCAACCCCGCUCUGCAUUCCAUCACCACUGCCGGACGGCGAACCUUCCACGUUGGGUUACAUGGUCGCUCUGAUAAUGAUGAACUCCCUGUGUUUCCUGGUGAUCACCGGAACUUACAUCAAACUGUACUGGGACCUGAUGAAGGGCGAGUUCGACAGCAUUUGGGAUUGCGCCAUGAUCAAGCACGUGGCCUGGCUCAUCUUCACCAACUGCCUGCUCUACUGCCCCGUGGCCUUCCUCACCUUCUCCUCCCUUCUGGGACUCUUUCCUGUGAGCGAGGAGGUUGUCAAAUCAGUCGUCCUGGUGCUUCUGCCUCUUCCUGCAUGCAUCAAUCCCUUGCUCUACCUUUUCUUCAAUCCACACUUCCGUGAAGAUGCACGUCUGCUUUUGAGCAGAGCUCACCGCCAUCAUGACCACAACCUGGAUUCCUUCGUCUCUGUUGACACGGAGAAAAGCUCCUAUGACUCCACUCAAGCCUUAGUGUCCUUUGCCGCUGAAGCAGAUGCAGUAUUCGAGAGUUCAUCAGCACCCUCAGUGCCUCUCAUCCCAUGCCAGAUGCAGAUGAACCCCUCAACAGAGAGGGAUAAUGUUGCAGAGAACCUGGUCAGGUCAACACCAGGACUCACUGUCAAAGAGCAGGAGCACAUUAGGAGCAGUGGACUGGACACUCAUAAUGGAACCUCCUUCUCUGGAGUCUACCACUCCACGCAUCUCUCAACUCAUUCUUAAGUCUUCUCCUAAACUCUAAAGUUUUUAAAGACCCUUUGAGCAUGAGAAGUCGUGAGCCCACAUAUGAACUGACCCCUAAAACCUUCAGAGCUAAUGAACAAUGAACUGUGUUUUGGGACUAUAUAUAACCACACUGUCCCAACUGCUACAUGGCAUUCUUAAAGGGGAAAAAAGGAAAGAAAGGCCUAAUCACAUAUUGUGGCAUAAUCUUGUGGGCAAUUUAGUAAUUUAAGCAACAAUCUUAAAAUGUUCAAAAACAAAUCUGCAUUUAUUUUUUCUAACUUGUUUAAUUAGGCUUAAAAGAGUGUUCUGGGUUUAAUAUCACCUCCAUGCAUGAAAUAUUGAUGAUUUUCACUGAAAGUCAUUUCUUUUUGGACUCAACCCUCUUUUUAAACAAGCAAAAACAAAAACAAAAAAAUCAGGCAUAAUGUACAUACAAUGGGAGUCUAUGAGGCUAAGUACUGCACCUGCAUAAAAAUUCAAAUUUAGAAUACGUCAACAAAACACGAAUUAAAUUCAAUGACAGAAAUUAUGUUGGUAAUGCAUAACCAAAAAUGAAUCCACCUACAACAGUGGUCUCACAUCUCAUGAGCACUACAUUUCAUUGUUUUAAACCUGAAACAUUCCUUUAAUUAGGAAAUAUUACAGGGAUGUUUGCUGAUGUACAAUGAGUAAUGCAUCUAAAUAUUUCAAUGUGAAAAAAAUGUCUCUACAAAAAUCUUAAUUUUUAUGUAAUUAAUUAUUUGCAAGUCAUCACUUGCUUACUUGCCCCUAGAUAAAAAUAAAUAAAUAAUAAUAAAAAAAUGUAUGGGAAGGUAAAUACCUAUGUAUAUUUUCAAAUAAUAUUACUGUCUUGAAAAACAACAACAACAAAAACAUCAUGCCAACAGGUGCUAAAACAUACUGCCAUAAACAUACUCUCUGCAAGUACAUAAAAGGCUUGGUAAACGCUCUGCAAGCUGUUCAUGCUGUAUAUAUUUAGCAUGCAUUGUGGCAGUAAAAAACUUGACAGAAGCAAAAAUGCACCAUAGGAGACAUUAUGCUUAUUCAUACCAUAAUCCACCUGACAGUAACUCUGAGAAUGCAAUACAUAAAAAAAUGAAAACACACUAAAACAAAUUUAAAACUUUUUUUUUGUAAUAAUUUGUAAUGCAACACAUUUAAAAAUUAAACACUGCAUUAAAUUCAAGCUUGCAUAGCUUGUUUUUGUCAAGUCCACAGGAUUAAGGUAGAGCAAAACAUGAAAUAUACUGAACAUGUUGACGCUAUAAACUGAAAAUUAAAAAGAACUAUGAGUGAUUUGAAUAGAUUGUAAUAAAGCUUGGUCGGGAACUUUUACAGAUUGUAAACUAGGCUAGCUAUUGUAUUGUAAAAUAUAACUACCUCUGAUCUAGCAUGCUAUACCUUUUUAUUCUUAUUGAUUUCUAUUCUUUUUAUAUUAAAAUGUAAUUUUUAUAUUGAAAUUUUAAGAUCUUUGUACAACAGACACUAUUCUGGAUGUAAAUAUUUUCAUAUUUCUGUAUACAUGUGAUAAAGAAUGAUUUAAUAAAGUUAUUAGUUUCAUAAAUGUAUGUCUUGAAGACUACUGAACAAUUCAGGGAGAUAUGAAUGUAAAAAUAUUCAAAGGUACUUCUACAUUUUCAUCAGCAAUAAACAUGAAAUCCUGUUACAAAAUAAAAUGAGAUCAGUAUCAUUUAGAUGUUGUAAGAUUUUCUUGGGUUGCUCUGAAGUGCUUCCAGUGCCUCUCUUGUUUUCAUAUUUUUAUUCUUAAGACAAAUCUUUUCAUCUGUGUCCACAACACUCAUAAAACACAAGAGAGAAGUGAAAAAGUGCAAACUGACUGUAGAACUGAAGAGUACUGGCUCCCCUGUGAUGACAGUGUGUGAAUUGCUGGACUUUGCUAGACAGGCAGUCAUGAAUAGAACCCAUCUUACCUUGUUCUCCUGGAUUCCAUGGUCAGCCGUCCAUUUCUUGGCCUUCUCUCCUCUCUAUACAGUAUAUUGAUUUGUUGUGUUUAAAAUCUGAGGACUGGAAAGUAUGUCAGACAAUUCAUUAAUUUUUAAGGAGAUAUUAAAGCAAUAACAGAACACUUAAAGGGAUAGGGAUAGAAAAAAGUGUAAGGCCAUAACUGUGGAAACGCUCUUUCUAACUCUAAAAGCGCCUCCUCCUGGCCUGGCUGAAAAUUAAUUUCCAUUUUCAAUAAGCCUGUCUCCAGCAACAUGUUUUUUGUUGUUGCUUUCUGGUUUCUGCAGCAACUCUGAGCACUUUUCAAAUUCUUUAUCCUGGCUGAAGCACAUUUGUUUCAGUUUAUAAGAAUAAUCUGCCUACA